AUGGAUAUUGAAAAAAUUGAAGAUCUUAAAAAAUUUGUAGCUAGCUGUGAAGAAGACCCAUCAAUUUUGCUCAAGCCAGAAUUAUCAUUUUUUAAGGAAUUUAUUGAAAGUUUUGGAGGAAAAAUAAAAAAAGAUAAAAUGGGUUAUGAGAAAAUGAAAAGUGAAGAUAGUACAGAAGAAAAGUCAGAUGAAGAAGAUGAAGAGGAUGAAGAAGAUGAAGAAGAAGAUGAAGAUGAAGAAGAUGAAGAAGAAGAAAAAGAUGAUCCUGAAAAAUUAGAAUUAAUUAAAGAAGAAACUAUAGAAUGUCCACCAUUAGCUCCAAUUAUAGAAGGAGAAUUAACAGAAGAACAAAUUGAAGAAAUAUGUAAAUUAAAAGAAGAAGCUGUAAAUUUAGUUGAAAAUAAUAAAUAUGAUGAAGCUUUAGAAAAAUAUAAUAAAAUAAUUAGUUUUGGAAAUCCAUCUGCUAUGAUAUAUACUAAACGUGCUUCUAUUUUAUUAAAUUUAAAAAGACCAAAAGCUUGUAUAAGAGAUUGUACCGAAGCUUUAAAUUUAAAUGUUGAUAGUGCUAAUGCAUAUAAAAUAAGAGCCAAAGCUUAUAGAUAUUUAGGAAAGUGGGAAUUUGCACAUGCUGAUAUGGAACAAGGACAAAAAAUAGAUUAUGAUGAAAACCUUUGGGAUAUGCAAAAAUUAAUACAAGAAAAAUAUAAAAAAAUAUAUGAAAAAAGAAGAUAUAAAAUUAAUAAAGAAGAAGAAAAACAACGAUUAAAAAGAGAAAAAGAAUUAAAAAAAAAAUUAGCAGCUAAAAAAAAAGCAGAAAAAAUGUAUAAAGAAAAUAAUAAAAGAGAAAACUAUGAUUCAGAUUCCUCUGACUCAUCUUAUAGUGAACCUGAUUUUUCUGGUGAUUUCCCAGGUGGUAUGCCAGGAAUGCCAGGUGGAAUGGGAGGUAUGCCAGGUGGUAUGGGAGGAAUGCCAGGAAUGCCAGGAAUGCCAGGAGGAAUGGGUGGUAUGCCCGGUGGUAUGCCAGGAGGUAUGCCCGGUGGUAUGGGUGGUAUGCCAGGAGGUUUUCCAGGAAUGCCAGGAAUGCCUGGAGGAAUGCCAGGAGGAAUGCCAGGAGGAAUGCCAGGAGGAAUGCCAGGAGGAAUGCCGGGUGGAAUGCCAGAUUUGAAUUCUCCUGAAAUGAAGGAACUUUUUAACAAUCCUCAAUUUUUUCAAAUGAUGCAAAACAUGAUGAGCAAUCCAGAUUUAAUAAAUAAAUACGCUAGCGACCCAAAAUAUAAAAAUAUUUUUGAAAAUUUAAAAAAUUCCGAUUUAGGAGGUAUGAUGGGUGGAAAACCUAAACCUUAA